CUCCCAUUCGACUUGGUGGCCGACACAACGCCACACACUCUCAAAUGAAAACGUGAAAAACCCACAAAAUUUUUUUGUUAUUUGCACGAACCAUUUUUUGACCUAUAACGACGAAUAAAACUUGUGUGAUUUUGAUCGAGUGACGAGACAUUUUUGUGCAGAAUAAUUUCAGUUGCUCUGUGUGGUGUGUGUGUGUCAAUCACGUGGUUUGGCCGAAACGUUUGUCUGUGUGCCCACACGAUGGUGGCCUACCCGCCAUUAAAAAAGCCCGCGAUCUUCUCCAGACUUGGAUACCACUGUGCUGCUGCUGCAGUGACAUCACGAGAAAUUCCAACGUAAUUGCGUGCUGCACAACAGGGCGUGGUGACUGACUAGACCGGAGGCGCUUGGUGGGAUUAAAAUAAAUAGUCACGAAAGAGCGGAGCCGGAAUUUUCUCUUCAUUCCGAGAAGAAGAAAGAAAGAAGGUGAAAAGGAGAGAAAGUGAAAGAACUGGCAGCAGGUCGAAUGGUUGCCAACGAGAUUGCUGGGUCUGGACAGGUGGAUGUCUUCCUCGGAGGCGGUAGCAGGUGGACGACAUCAUCUAAUACAGGAAUAACUUCCGUGACAUGCCAGUCCAGUAGACUGUCGGGGGUAACGACAACAACAACAGGAGAAAGAGGGGGCGUAGUAGGAGCGACGACGACGGCGUCGGCGCCAACGACGACGCCACCCGGUGGCGAUGCGGUCAACUUGAGCCAACAGCUCCGCUACGGACCUCACUCGACUGCGGACAGACAUCGCACCACGGCCGCCGCCGCUCAGGGGUGGGCGGAUACGCGCCAACCGUCGCCCGACAUUGGACCGUCAGAGACGGACGAGAAAGGUCUUCCACCUCCGCAGUCUCCUCGGCGAAGCUCGUCGUCAUCCGUCGACGAUUUGGACCGCGUCCAACAACAGCAACAAAAACGUUCAGUUGGCAACUCUUGUCUGGAUUCCGGCAGCAGCAGCAGCAGCAGUGCAAGUGGCGCAGUGCAUUAUCGUGUGGUUUCCUCCUCCAGCGACGGAAGCGGAUUGCGGAUUAAUAACAACAGCAGUGCAACUGUCGGCGGCUCCACUGGAGGACAGUCGUCGUCGGAUGGGGAGGAUUCAGUGAUUGAGGCGGAAGAGCAGCAGCAGCAGCAACCGAGUCGAAAGUCCAUCAACAUCAUCCACGCUGGUGUCGUUAAUGAUGCCCUGGAUGCUCCGCAGAAGUCGGACGAUCAGCAGCACGACGACAAGAUGCCGCGCCAGUCGCACUACGAUUCCGGCUCGGUACAACAUCAACAACAACAACACGCACAAUGGCAGACGCAAGGAGGUGGAGGAGGAGGAGAUUGUGAUGAAAUCAACAACACGAGUCUUUCUUCAUCUUCUUCUUCUUCCGGCGGAGGAGGAGGAGGAGGAGUCCCGCUCAAAUCGGCGCUAAAGAGGCCAACGGCUGGCCGCUGCGGCGGAGUGGCCGGAACGUUGCAGCAGCUGCAAUCGUUGCGCAAAAAGGCCCGGGUCCGGUUCAACGAGGCGCUCAACACUUUCCUCGAGUGCGAUUACGUCAUUUACGUUGACGAUGACGAGUACGACCUGCUCUACCACUUGGAUGCCGUGGCAGCAGCAGCUGCUGCGGCGGCCGCCGCUCAGGCGGAAGCCGAAUUAGCCGAUCCAGCCAAUGUUUCCUCGGCAGCUUCUCUUGUGAUUACGACGACGGAACAGCCUCAAUUAGUCAACGUUCGCUCGUUUGAACUGCAGUUGCCCGAAACGUCGACUUGUGUCAGUCACGGACCCGUCACGGGAUCAGCAGCGCCGGCUGUUGUAGCCUCGACGGGCGAAGCCGGGACGUUGAGUCCUCCCGACGGUUACAAGGACGCGGCCGCUUUCUACGCCGCCGCCGCCGCCUUGGUCGAUCUGGAAAACCACGUCCAUCUAUCCGGCUUCGCCGACGAUGGAGUGGAUCCAUGGGAGUCUGAAGACUAUGAUGAUGAAGAGGGCAUGGCCGACGAAGCGGAAGCGCUCGACAACGGCUGGAUGGAUUCUCAGUUGUCGGAGGAAUCGCCAAAAAGCCACGCAAAUCGACAACAACAACAACAACAACUGCAGCAGCAGCAGACGCCUCAGCAACAGCAGCAGUCAGUGAGUGACGGCCCUGCAGUUGGCGAUCUCGUCGUUCCUUUGCCGGAUCCUCCCCGUACGGGCAUUCUCAAAGGAGGCAAAUUAUGGCGAGGAGCCGUCAAUAACAACAACAACAGCAGCAGCAACAACGACAGUAGUCAGAACAACAGCUCUUCAACGUCGUCUUCAGCCGGCGCUUCAUCCGCCAUUGGAGAAGAGGCCACUUUGUCACGUCACGGUGAAAAAUCGCCAGCUGUCCGUUUCAUCCAUCUCAACGAUGCUCAGGGUGGAGGAGAUUCGGAGGACGGAGCCAGCAACGCGACUGCAGCCAAUGCAACCGGCGGCCCGCCCAGCGGCGGCGGAGGACAGUCUCAAAGAAGUGGAGGAGGCGGCGGUCAUCAUCACAACUCGGCCUUCCAGCAGCUGUUCCCACGAGCUAGAAAGCUUCUCCAAGAAUUGCCAGAGGCCGAAAUCCAGCGGUUGACCACAGCCGCUCGAGCCAAUAAUGCUCCGUCGUCCGUCUCGUCCGUGUCCUCGUUCGCCUCUUCUUCUUCCAGGACGGGCGUCACGUCCCUUCUUGGCCAUUCGACCGACUCGGCCAUCACCACCGACACUACCGACGCAUCCGACCUCAAGUAUGAAAAGGCUUUGCGCGUUACGGAAGUGACAGAAGAUGCGGUUGAAAGUCAUCCAGCAGCAUCCGGAGGAGGAGGAGGAGGAGCGGCAUCGGCAGCUGCCGCCGCCAGAUUGGGGGUGCACUAUUCGGCGGAUUACUAUCAAAUCAUCAAGCGGAUCCGCUUGGCGUCGGCUGAAACUGCCAGACAACAACAACAACGAAAAACGGAUCCCACUCCGCCGACGGCUGCCGAUUCCCUGGUGGAGCGGCUCAAAUGGCUAACGACGACGGAUGUUGAUGACGAGGCGACGGAAGAGUCGACGGGCGUGGCCGAAGAGAGGGAAGCGGCCGACGGAGGAAGCGAUCUGGAAAUGGCGGCCAUGCAACUUGCCGCCUACGCUUCCGUUCCGCUCGAGAAUGCGGAACAAAUCCUGGAGGGCCAAGAGGAGGAGGACAACCACUACCACCAUCAAACGGCUCUGCGGUCAGCGGUGACUUCCGGAACUGGCGAGGCGCAAGAAGCGGCCAACACGUCGUCGGCCGUGCCCAGCGCCAAACCUGGUAAAUCCGGCGGCGGCGGUAGCGGCGGCGGAGGCGAGAAGAGCACGUACCGAAAACUCAACGAGCUCUUCUUCCGGACCAAGUCGAAAGAUAAGAACAAGGACACGAACAAAUCAUCGAAUUCGGCGCUCAACCGCAGUUUCUCUCCUCCACCUCCAGCGGAAGUGGAGCCCAAGAUGAAACCCUCCAAGAAACAGCAGCAGCAACCUCACUUGAUCCACAUCGUCGGAUUGGCGGGCAAAUCGUCCAGCGCCACUUUAUCCGGGCCCACGACGGCCACUGGGGCUUCUUCUUCUUCCUCUUCCGGGGCUUCCGGAACAGAGACGCUAGGGCGGAUACCCAACGUGGUGCCGACAGUCGAUCACGUCUACCGGGCAGCCGUCGAUUUGGUCACGCGGAAUAGUGGACAGCAGCUGAUGAGUCAUCCCGCCGGAUUGGCGGUUCACCAAUCCGGCCAAAUCGUCAUCCAGGGUCCUUCAGCCAACGAUUCUUACAGUUUGGACGAUAUUGAUGCCGCACUCCAUGCUCAAAUAUCCGCCGCUGCCGCUGCCGCCUCUUCCGGCAACGGAGGAGCGCCGGAAGCCAAUCCUUCUCAGUGUCUCUACUUGAUGCCAGCGAACCAUCGAAUUCCGGAAGACUCCCGCGACGAGACGGGCGGAUCGCGGAGUUCGGGAAGUUCGGGCGACAGCGGAUUAGGUUUGAGUUCUCACGACACGAGUUUGACGGGCAUGUCCGACUCUGCGACGGACGCCGGAUGCGCUCAAGACGAGCUUCAAGCUUUCGUGAGACAGGACGCCACCCAAGGCCGGAUCGACCGCAUCAAAAAGAGAUACAGCGCAGCACUGGAGCCGGACGAGGCGGAGGAUUACGGAUUCCUGCGGAGGCCGUCGGUGCGAGGCAUCAAGACGAAAUUCGGGUCGACGUCUGAGAUAAUCCAGCAAAUGCAGGCCCAACUGGCCGGUCCUAUGCCGGCCGUCACGGCCGCUAGAGCUUCCGGACAAACGCACGUCAACUGGUCGUCUUAUGCGGAGCAGAGUUCCAUCCAGGCGGAAGCGCUGCUGGAUCCGCGCGAAAAGCGACGAUCGGCCAAGAUGGCCAUGUCCAAUUCGGUCCAUCUUCCAGCCCUUCCCGAGGAUGCCGGCUACUUCCACCAACACCAGCAACUGCUCCACAACGCCGGAACGGCUCAUCCGAACGCCAUGGUUACCAAUCGACCGGCCUCUGUCAUGAACAUUUACGGAUCCACUGGCGAUCUGUACCAACACCUGAGGGCUCCCAUGCGACCUGUGAUGAUCCGUCAUCCCCCUACCACUUCUUCUUCCGUCGCCCCUGGGGCUCAUCCGCAUGCACCCCAACUCCUCGAGAGAACGUCUUCCGUUUCUUCCGUCUCUUCGGCCAUUGACGCCAGCGCUGCUUACGGUACCAUCCGCAGGCAGCCUCAAAUGAUGCAGCACCCUUCCUAUGCCCAUCCUGCUCUUCCGGAUUCCUUAUCCCCAACUCGAGACUACGCUCCGGCCGUGAUGAUGCAGCAGCACACGCAACAGCUCCUCCUCCAACAACAACAACAGCAGCAACACCACCAUCAGCUGCCUCUGAGGAUGACCGUCUCGACACCCGCUGGACCCUACAUGACCAAUCCGCAACAGCAGCAGAGGCCCGUGUCACAGCAGAUGCCGGGCGGAUCAGUCGCCUAUUACGCCACUCCUCAAGAUUAUGCGCUGCAGCAGCAGCAGCAACUGCAACAACAGUUCCAGAUGCAGCAACAACAUCAACAGCAGCAGCAACAACAACAGCACUAUGUUUACGCUACUCUUCCGGGCAAACGUCAGUCACCUUAUGGUGUUCCGGCCAACAUCCCUGUGUCUGUCGGUUCUCAGGUGGUGGUUAGCGGUGCUCCUACCGUGCUGGAUCCGACCCGCUACCGCCAAGUCUUGCCGCCGAUGACGUCCCAAGUGACCCUGCGGCCUUCUUCCGCCUCGGCCGACCCUCGAUACGCAUCGGUUUCGGUCGUCCACGGUGGCCAUCUGCAGCCUCCUCCGCAUCAUCCUCAACAGCAACAACAGCAACAGCCAGCUGCUCCGACGUUGAAAGACGAACGGGAAGGGCCGGAAGGGGCCAGUUCAUCCCCAGGUCUGACGCAUCAUGACGUCAAUAUGUAAGGAGAAAGGUCGAGAAUUUCGACCAGAUCCUUGUGCGGAUGCGAAUUUCCGUGAGUUGUUCUAAUAUUAGCCAAAGCAGGACACACAACAACGACGAAUCGCUCCAGUUUCCACGUGGGUAGUGAAACUGCUGUCGGCCUCAUCUCUUGAGGCCAACAGCACACACAAACAAUCACGGCGAACAAUCACGGCAGAAACACAAGAGGCAAAAGGCAAUUUCGAGUUAACAAAAAGUGCGUGUGCGUUUAUUUUGAUGACGUGAAAAUAUUUUUUUUCCCCCCGUUUCCUCGAAGAGAAAAUGUGAGCAUCAAAGAGGUAAGAGGAAAAUAACGUGAUCUUUUACAUUUGUUUUCCCACCCAAAACUGGACGGCCGACAUUGUUAUUGUCUCCCUUCUUUUUUUGUUUUGUGGUUAUUUUUGGAGGGGAUUGUUGUUUAAAUUCAAAAUCUGAUUGCGCACACACGCACCUCCCUCCCACACACACACACACACACACGCUCUCAUUCAAAUGGAUUGAAGAAGAAAUACCAACAAAACGAGAAGAACACGACUGCUUCUUCCCCAUCUACUGACUCCUUGUUCAUUUAUUCGUGAAUUUGGUACCUGCAAACGAUUCUAGUUUCAAAACAAUAUCCCAAAAAAAAUUUUUUUUUCAAACGUGGAAAAAAAAAGAUGACGACGACAAAUAAAUAUAGAAACAAUUAAAAUAAAUAAAGUUAAAACCAAAAAAAAAUAUUUACACAAAUUUUGUUGGGUGGGUGAGAUAGAGAGAAUACCGGAUGCAAACAAAUCAAACUGACCGGGCAAUUUCAUUCAAAAUCUUGUAAAAACAAAACAACAAAAAACACAUUUAAAUUCCCCCCACAAAACAUUUUUUUUUUUUUUUUUUAAUUGUUAACUAUAAACACAUUGCGCAUCUUGAAUUUAAGUUUUCGUGAUUCCUUGUCUUAAAAAAUUCGUUCCCUCUCUAACGACAAAUGAUCAUCAGUUGUAAACUGAGUCGAGAUUUGUAAUCUUUCCUCUGUUUUAUGUAAAGGAUUUUUUUUGAUUGACGGUAUAGAACUUGUUUGAAUGUUAUGAGAUGGGAGAUAAAUUACCGAGCGGCGACCGAUGUUAUUUUGGUGUGUCUGCCACUCGGCAAUUUUCUCUUGUACACCUACGCACCCAAUAUGAAAAUAUCCCACCUGUGUGUUAUUUCACACCUCCAUCCCACCAAAUUAUUUCUGUUUUUCUCCAAACCUUUUUUGUUUGUUUGUUAACAUCCUUGUCCUCUUUUUGUAAUAGACAUUUAUGAUAUCCUACAUAUAUUCACGUUGUAUGUCUUGUAAAAAAAAAAUUAAUCGAAAAAAUAACCAAAAGAUUUAAAAGAUGGAAGAGCCAACAAGUCUGGUUUUCUUUGUGUACAGUGUCUACAAAUUUUUUUUUUUUUUGUUUUUAUAAGCCGAGAGACACACACAGUAUGUUUUUUUGACUGUAUGUAUAUGUAUACGUGUGUCUCGACGACAGCAGAGGAGUUAAUCUUGUCUUGUUUUUCGUUCGCAUUUAUUUCGCUCGUCAGAAUCUACGAAAGAGAAAGAAGAAAAAAAAACUGGGAAAAAUCUUUUGAAAAUAAUUGAAUGAUGAUAAAUAAUAAUAAUUGUACAUGUCAUGGCUGUCACAACAUAUGUCUGUAUUUCAAACUCGUGUUCUCUAUAUAUAUUAUAUAUAGACUUCUGAAACGUGUGUAUUGUAUAUAUAUAUACGGCGUCAAUAAAAUAGAAAGAUAUUAU